GCACUUGCGCAUCGCGACAGGAGCGUGUUGCCGAACUGUCAAAAUAUAACUAGAAACUAAACUUCCUUAUUGGAAUUUCACAGUAAAAUAAGCGAAAAUGUCGUUCAAAGUGGCAAUAAGAAGUUUUAAAACAUUAAGCUACGUGGGGAGCUAUAAAAAGAUGAGAGAUCGGCCGCUAAGAUUCUACUGUGCUACAAUAUUGGGGGCAGGCUAUGUAGCAUACAAUGAAUUCAAAAAGAAUAAGGCCGAGAUGAAAGAGAUAAUGCAGCUCAAGAACUACAUGGCAGAUCCUAUUACACCAGUGAGCCAGCUUCAGAAGAACCAGGAUGAUAUGAAGACGCAGAUGGAACUGCUCAUCAUGAGGAUACAAGCUGAAUUCUGUAGAGCUUUGGAGAAAGAGGAAGAUGAGGAAGCGAAAUUCAAAGUGGACCGCUGGACGCGUAAAGAGGGGGGCGGUGGCAUCACCUGUGUACUGCAAGAUGGACGGGUGUUCGAGAAGGCGGGUGUCAAUAUAUCUGUAGUGUCGGGGAAGCUACCACCCCCCGCCGUGCAGCAAAUGAAGAGCAGAGGUAAAAACUUCGAGAGCAAAGAGUUGCCGUUCUUCGCGGCGGGCGUCAGUGCCGUCAUACACCCGCGCAACCCCAUGGUGCCCACCAUACACUUCAACUACCGCUACUUCGAAGUUAAGGACAAAAAUGAGGUGCACUGGUGGUUCGGAGGUGGAACUGACCUCACGCCCUACUACCUGAACGAAGAGGACGCCUACCACUUCCACCUGACACUUAAACACGCCUGUGAUGCCCACGAUCCUACCUACUACGAGAGAUUCAAGAAAUGGUGCGAUGACUACUUCACGAUCACCCACCGAGGGGAGAGACGGGGUGUGGGGGGGAUAUUCUUUGAUGACAUCGACACCCCGGACCAACAGAGUGCCUUUAACUUUGUGACAUCUUGCGCUGAGGCGGUUAUACCGAGCUACAUACCUAUUGUAAAAAAACACAAGGACGACGGCUACGGGUACCACGAGAGACAGUGGCAACUACUCCGGCGAGGCAGAUACGUUGAGUUCAACCUGAUCUAUGACCGAGGAACUAAAUUCGGCCUACACACCCCGGAGGCCAGAUAUGAGUCCAUACUAAUGUCCUUGCCGUUAAAUGCUAAAUGGGAAUACAUGCACGAGCCCAAGGCGAACUCGCCCGAAGAAAAACUUAUGAAAGUACUUAAAGAACCGCGGGACUGGCUGAAUAUUGAAAAAACUAAAAAAUCCGCUGCGUAGAAUUCUUACAAACAUAUAAACCUUAAAACCUAACCUAUCCUAGUGAUAAAGUAAAUUACUUAUUCAAUUUAUAUUUUAAAUAUAUCUUAAGUGAAUUAGUCAAAUUAUUAUAUCAUGAAUUGAUUGUCCAUUCGCUAAUUUUUUGACAAUACUGCAGACGUAUAUAAGCUACGGUAAUUGCUUACCAUCAGGUGAGCCGUACGCUACUUGCCGACCUAGUUGUAUAAAAAAAUGAUCAAGGAAAUUAAAAACCUAGUUAAAAGGGGGAGGGGUUAAAGAUGUGUUAAUAUUGUAACCGUCAAUUACUAUUAUGCUUAGUAGUAACUCAGUUUGAUACUUGAAAAUAAUAAAAUGAUGUUAGUGUUAGUUUUAUGAUGCAGCUCUCUUAAAGAACCAGUAAAUUAUGUCAAAUGUAAAA